UCUCCCGAAAGCAACUCAGUUUGAAAACUCUCGGAGCGCUGUGCCCGCGCCCUGACCCCUCAGGUCUCCGCCUGGCUGGGGCUGACGAACUCGGGUGAAGGUGGGCUGACGGCGGCUCCAGCGACCCUUGGAGAGGAGCGGGGAGCGCGCCCGACCACCAUGCCGCGUUCGUUCCUGGUUAAGAGCAAAAAAGCUCACAGUUACCACCAGCCGCGCUCCCCGGGACCUGACUAUUCCCUACGCCUGGAGAAUGUACUGGCGCCAGGCGGAGCAGACGGCACCUCGAGCACAGGCGGGGCGAAGGCGGAGCUCCGGGGCCGUGUGUCCCCCGAGUCUCAGCUGACCGAAGCCCCCGACAGAGCCUCCGCGUCCCCUGGCAGCUGUGAGGGCAGCGUGUGCGAUCGGAGCUCGGAGUUUGAAGACUUUUGGAGGCCUCCGUCGCCUUCUGUGUCUCCAGCCUCGGAGAAGUCGGUGUGCCCGUCGUUGGACGAAGCUCAGCCCUUCCCCCUGCCCUUCAAGCCGUACUCGUGGAGCGGCCUGGCGGGUUCCGAUCUGCGGCACCUGGUGCAGAGCUACCGGCCGUGCGCGGCCCUGGAGCGCGGCGCCGGCCUGGGCCUCUUCUGCGAGCGCGCCCCGGAGCCAGGCCAUCCCGCGGCCCUGUACGGCCCGGAGCGACCUGCUGGCGGCGCGGGGGCCGGGGCGCCCGGGGGAGGCAGCGCAGGAGGUGGAACUGCCGGCGGCGCGGGCCUGGGGCUCUUCGGCGACUUCGGGCCCGCGGCGGCAGGACUGUACGAGCGGCCGGCCACCGGCGGACUGUACCCGGAGCGCGGCCACGGGCUGCUCGGCGACAAAGGCACGGGCGUCAAGGUGGAGUCGGAGCUGCUGUGCACCCGCCUGCUGCUGGGCGGCGGCUCCUACAAGUGCAUCAAGUGCAGCAAGGUGUUCUCCACACCGCACGGGCUCGAGGUGCACGUGCGCAGGUCCCACAGCGGCACAAGACCCUUUGCGUGCGAGAUUUGCGGCAAGACCUUCGGGCACGCGGUGAGCCUGGAGCAGCACAAAGCCGUGCACUCGCAGGAACGGAGCUUUGACUGUAAGAUCUGUGGCAAGAGCUUCAAGAGGUCAUCUACGCUAUCCACACAUCUGCUCAUCCACUCAGACACCCGGCCCUACCCUUGUCAGUACUGCGGCAAGAGGUUCCAUCAGAAGUCAGACAUGAAGAAACACACCUUCAUCCACACUGGCGAGAAGCCCCACAAGUGCCAGGUGUGUGGCAAAGCAUUCAGCCAGAGCUCCAACCUCAUCACCCACAGCCGCAAGCACACAGGCUUCAAGCCCUUCGGGUGCGACCUGUGUGGAAAAGGCUUCCAGAGGAAGGUGGACCUCAGGCGGCACCGGGAGACGCAGCAUGGGCUCAAGUGAGCAGCGCGCCUCAUUCCCAUGUGCAGUCAUACAACACUACGGAGGGCAGCCUCCCCACUUCGCACCAGCCACUUCUGCAGAUCUCUCUGGGGUGAUACCUUUUCCCUUUCCUCCCUGGAACUGCCAGAGGAGAUAAGUUACCUUUUCAAAGUUCAGCGUGGAGGGGGAACCGAAUGACUCCCUGGGCAGAGGACUCGCCAAAUAGGCUUCUCUACACCUGAAGACUCCAAGUGGAGAAGAAAUCAGCUAAAAUCUUCAGCCUGAUAGUCCUUCCCAUACCCAGACCUGUUCCACAGAUAGAAAGUCCCUUGGGUUUCUUCCCUUCUCUUCCUUUCAGACCCCAGAUACUUGUGUGGAAGAGGAGGAAUCAUCUCUUACAAGAUAGAUACAUAUUAAUGUUUUUAUCUGGAAUGAAGAAUGAGUGUUAUUUUUUUCCUUCUGGGGAGUUUGUUGACCCCUUUUUGUUGGGUGCUGCCUAUAAAGCUUGGAGGAAUUGUUUCUUGCAUUUGAAAACUGGUUCAGAAACUGAUUUGGGAAGGGAAUUUCAUACUUUUGAAAUGACAAAAAAUGCGCUGUAGAGCCUGCCCAAAAAGAAGCAGAAGGAAAGAGGGCUUGGUGAGAAGAGAUUCAAGGUUCUCCCUCCAGGAGACUUGCAGAGGCUUCUUCAGAAGAGUGGAAGCACGUAGUAAUGCCUUUGGGCAAGGCUGUCAUCCGUUCACUCAGCAAAUGUCUAUUGAGCACCAGUUACCAUGGUAUCAGGCACUAUGCUGGGUACUGGGGAGCCAGAGAGUAAAGUCUCAGGCUCUGUCCCUGGCCUGCAUCUCCAAGUAGCUGGGUCUGUUAUUCCCCACAAAGGAAUUCUGAGAAGAUAAAACAGGAUCUUGAAACUUUCCUUCAGGUCGUUUGGAUUUUAUCAAACAUAAACGAAAAAUAGCUGAAUAGAUACUUCAAAGAUUCAUGUGUAAAUUAAGUUUUUUUAUUGUUAAGCUGAUAUUUUUAAGAUGUCUAAGCUAUCAGGCAUGUGGGAAUGAAGGCUCUGUCUUCAACUCUUUUGAACCCUCCAUGUGUACCACAGAGGAAAAAAUAGUGGUGUUUUUACUUCGAUGUAAAUGUUUUUAGAUCUUCUGGAGUGUAUUAUGUUGUUAAUACAUAUUUAUUAGAGUGAUGUUUUAAGUUAAUAAAGUAUUAAGACU